CACAGGGAGGCGCUCCAGGCUCCGGCUGUACUCCGCGCUCCUCGUUCUUUGAGCUUCAGACCGAUGAGCCGCUGAUGUUGUGGACCGGGAUCUUUUCUGACGGUAGCUCCUCUUGCUCAAACCAGGAUCCCUUCUGAUGGUAGCUGCUCCUGUUGAGACCAAUCUGAAGACCGUUUUUAACCCAGACGACACCACUCCUCAGUACUCGUAGCCGUGUUCAGUACUCGGUGCUGUUAGCCACCGGAAGGUCCGUGAGAGGUAUGGCUGAGCCUGAGCUGCUGCUGGACUCCAACAUCCGCCUGUGGGUGGUUCUGCCCAUCGUCUUCAUCACCUUCUUGGUUGGGAUUAUCCGACAUUAUGUGUCGAUUCUUCUUCAAAGUGAUAAGAAGCUGACAUUAGAACAGGUCUCCGACAGUCAGGUUCUCAUCAGGAGCAGAAUUCUCAGAGAAAAUGGGAAAUAUAUUCCAAAACAGUCAUUUUUGAUGAGAAAAUUCUACUUCAAUAAUCAAGAUGAUGGGUUCUUCAAGAAGAGCAAACGAAAGGUGAUCCCACCAUCUCCAAUGACAGAUCCCAGCAUGCUGACCGACAUGAUGAAGGGGAACGUCACCAACGUUCUUCCCAUGAUCCUCAUCGGAGGAUGGAUCAAUUGGACCUUCUCUGGAUUUGUAACAACCAAGGUGCCCUUCCCUCUCACUCUGCGCUUUAAGCCCAUGCUUCAACAGGGCAUAGAGCUGCUGUCCCUCGAUGCUUCCUGGGUGAGCUCUGCCUCGUGGUACUUCCUGAAUGUCUUCGGAUUGCGGAGCAUGUACUCACUAAUCCUAGGACAAGAUAACGGUGCUGACCAGUCAAGGAUCAUGCAGGAGCAGAUGAGCGGUGCUGCCAUGGCGAUGCCUGCCGACACAAACAAAGCGUUCAAGGCUGAGUGGGAGGCUCUGGAGCUAACAGACCACCAAUGGGCUCUGGACGCGGUGGAAGAGGAGCUGAUGGGCCGGGAGCUGGACUUUGAUGGGAUGUUUAGCAAAGACCUGCCAACCGGUAUCUUCUGAUGGCCCCUCAGUUGUACCUCCUGGUUGCCCCUCAUUGGCACCUCCUGGUGGUCGGUCAGUUGAACCUCCUGAUGGCCCCUCGGUGGUACCUUCUGAUGGCCUGUCAGUGGUACCUCCUGAUGGUCAGUGGAACGUCUUGAUGGCCCCUCAGUAGUAACUUCUGAUGGCUUGUCAUUGGUACCUUCUGAUGGCCUGUCAGUUUUACCCUGGCCCAGAACGGUCCCUUUAUUGUUUAGUGUAGGCAAUCUUUUAGCAGUUUAAGAUUAAUUUGAUAGACAAGGGAAUAGUCCUUCCACUGUAUGCAAAGUUUACAUUAACAUCUGUACCAUGGUCCUCGUCCUCUACUGUUCUGGAUUGACCCCCGGCUACGAUGUGAAGAGAACGGUUCACUGGUUCUGACGAACUGGUGAAUAAAGAGUCAAGUGGUAUCGGCGUAGAUUUUUUUUUUAUUAUAUUAUUUGUAGCCUGUGACUAGGAAGUGAUUUCUGCUUUUGACAUUUCACUGUAUUGGGAUGUGAAAUGUCCUAAUCCACUGGUGUGGCAAGCCAACAUCAUGUUAGUUCUAGGACACAACUGUUUAAAAAUAAUUGCAUUUCAUUUCACGUUCUUAACAUUUCAUUUUUUAUUUUUUAUAUGUUCUGUUAAUAUAGAGACGGCCGAAACUUCAUGUUGGCUGCCUAAAUAAUGUAACGCCUGGGUUUUACUCUAUCGUUUUUGGAAAUAUUUAUUUAGACAAUUAUUUUGUAACUAUUCCUUGUGUUUUGUAUAAAGCCAUGUUUGACUACA